AACUACCCGCCAUUUCUACGUCCACGUCCCAUCUCUCCGGUCCCCUCUUUCUUUCUCUGAAAUGAGGCGAACCCCAUCGUACCGACGCCGUAGCCUUACGUCCGACCCGCGGAGCACCCCUGACCGGAUCCCCUACUCUCCUAGCUCGCCCUACAACGACGCCUCAACCGGACAGAAAACCAGCUCUGGCAAGAGCGUGGUCGCUGUCGCGGCCCGCUCCUUCGCCGGAGCCUUCGUCUCGUGCUUCACUCCGCCGGAGACCAAGAGCUCCGUAAGCUUCGCGGGUUCUGAAGAGUUCAGAGCUCCCGACGUAUUUCCAGAUGCUUCGAGAGAUGGGAGCGAGAGAAGACGCGGUUCUAGUCGAGGCAUCUACUCCAAUCCAAAUAACUCAAGGCAUGCGAGUGAGCCCAGGAGUGUAAAGUUCACCAUGGAAGAGAUAAACAAGGCCACAAAGAGCUUCUCUCCCUCUUGCAAGAUUGGACAAGGUGGUUUUGGGACGGUUUAUAAGGGAAGACUCGAAGACGGGACCUUUGUUGCAAUCAAACGCGCUAAAAAGAGUGUAUAUGACAAGCAUUUGGGAGUGGAAUUCCAAAGCGAGAUUCAAAUGCUGGCGCAGGUGGAGCAUUUGAGUUUGGUCAAGUUCUACGGGUACUUGGAGCAUCAAGAUGAAAAGAUUGUUGUUGUCGAGUAUGUUCCUAAUGGAAACCUCAGGCAACAUUUGGAUUGUUUGCACGGUGAGAUUCUUGAACUUGCAGCACGGCUAGACAUUGCAAUUAAUGUGGCUCAUGCCGUCACCUAUCUGCAUACGUACACGGAUCAUCCGAUUAUUCAUAGAGACAUAAAGUCGUCCAACAUUCUCUUAACGGAAAACUUGAGGGCCAAGGUAGCUGAUUUUGGUUUUGCUAGGCUUGCUGCUGAUAGCGACUCAGGUGCCACCCAUGUUUCUACUCAAGUUAAAGGAACCGCUGGCUACUUGGACCCCGAGUACCUGAGAACCUAUCAACUCACGGAGAAGAGUGAUGUCUACUCAUUUGGUGUGCUACUUGUUGAGCUAGUUACAGGCAGGCGUCCAAUUGAACCUAAACGGGAAACCAAGGAACGAAUAACUGCAAAAUGGGCUAUGAAGAAGUUUACCAAUGGAGAUACUUUUUCGAUUUUGGACCCGAGGUUGGAAAAGAGAGCAGCAAGUGAUCUAGCCAUCAUCGAAAAGAUUCUUGAACUAGCAUUACAAUGCUUGGCUCCACGCAGACAGAACCGGCCUAGCAUGAGGAGGUGCGCGGAGAUCCUCUGGACCAUCCGUAAGGAUUACAAAGAGGUAUUAGCUCCAGACUUCUGUUCAUUUUCUAGCCCUUCACAAAUAAGUACUUGAGCAUGAUUCGGGCUCCCAUGGAAUGUAAAGAUAAUAUGGUCUUAUCGGAGAUAGAACACGAAGAGCGUUGCGUUUUGUAAAAAAGAACUACACAGUAAAUGUGCAUGUGCAAUUUGAGUAGGAAAGCCAAGUAAUUUCUUGAAGAAUGGAUCUGGAGGAGGGGAACAAUAUUGUAUUUUGGUCUGUUGAAAUUUUACUUGUAUGUUCAUUGUUCUUGGAGUUACUGCAUUCGACAUGAGUGUAUUCCUUUAUUAGA